AUGAGGCUCGCCAAUCAGCUAGAAUCCACAGACAUGGCAAGAAGCUACAGGACCCUCAGGAGAAGUUCUCUGCGGGGGCUUGGCUCUGGAGCUGAGCAGGUGCGAGUGGUUACGUGGGCUGCUCUGAGCGCCUGUGAGGAGAGCGAGCCUGGGCGAGCUUGGAAGCCACGCCAUGCGGUGGAUGGGCAGCAGACACCCAGAGGUGCCGCUAUGAUAAGCAAGUAUGUGGCUGUGGCGGCUGUGGCAGCUGCGGUGGCUGUGGCGGCUGCGGUGGCUGCGGCUGUGGUGGCUGUGGUGGCUGUGGAGGCUGCGGUGGCUGUGGAGGCUGCGGUGGCUGUGGUGGCUGUGGAGGCUGCGGUGGUUGUGGUGGCUGCAACAGCUGCACCACCUGCAGGUGCUACCGGGUCGGCUGCUGUGGCUGUGGCUGUGGCUGCUGUGGCUGUGGUUGCUGUGGCUGUUGCAAGCCUGUGCUGGUCUACUGCUGCCGCCGCUCCUGCUGCCGCUCCUGUGGCUGUGGCUCCUGUGGCUGCGGCUGCGGCUGUGGGAAGGGCUGUUGCCAGCAGAAGUGCUGCUGCCAGCAGAAGUGUGGCUGCAAGAAGCAGUGCUGCUGCUAGCUCGGCUGCUGGCCUCCUGGCCUCAGGGCAGGUGAUGACUAUUGGAACUGAUGUUUUGGCAACACAGGUUGCAAACUACAGAAAAGUCUGA